AUGUCUAAGUCGGAAUCGUCGUCGCACGAGCUGGCUUCUGGGGUUAAUUCCAACCGCAGUGGUAUCUUGCCAGGUUUGGAGCAACUGAAAACCGGAUCUCAAGUUAUCGUUGGGAAUCACCGGGUAGAAAUUGUAAGCUACCUAGCAGAGGGCGGCUUUGCCCAGAUCUACGUGGUUAAAUUUGUGGAGUAUGCCAACGAACUGGAAAAACAGCCGUCGGUCACUCUAGCAUUGGAUCAAUUGGCAUGUUUGAAGCGAGUAUUAGUAACUGACGAGAAUGGACUGAACGAGAUGCGAAACGAGGUGAGUGUCAUGAAACAGCUGUCUGGAAGCCCCAAUGUAGUGCAGUACUAUGACUCUCAUGCCUCCAGGUCUCGCGAUGGAACUGCGGGCUUCGAAGUCAUGCUUUUGAUGGAGCUAUGCCCAAACAACUCGUUACUGGACUAUAUGAAUCAGCGAUUGGCAACUAAGCUUACAGAGCAUGAAAUCAUCAAAAUCAUGUUCGAUGUUACGCGAGCGCUAGCACAAAUGCAUUAUUUGCUGGUGCCUCUUAUACACCGCGAUAUAAAAAUUGAAAACGUUUUGGUUGAUGCGGAGAACAAUUUCAAACUUUGCGACUUUGGUUCAACCUCCAUAUGCCUUCCCGUGGCCAGCACACAUCAAGAAAUUGCUCUUCUCACGAACAACAUUUAUAUUCACACUACACCACAAUAUCGAUCCCCGGAAAUGAUCGAUCUUUAUCGUUGUUUGCCCAUCGAUGAGAAGUCAGAUAUCUGGGCCUUAGGGAUUUUCCUAUACAAGUUGCUGUUUUAUACAACACCCUUCGAGCUCACUGGCCAGUUCGCGAUUUUACAUUCCAAGUAUGAGUUUCCGGCUAAUCACUACUCGUCCAAGCUUAUAAACCUGAUAAUUAUCAUGUUGGCAGAGAAUCCAAAUUUGAGACCUAACAUCUAUCAAGUGAUGGAUCUUCUGUGUUCCAUUUUGAAGUGUCAGAACCCCAUAGAAGAUAAAUAUAAAUUGGGACCAUACAGUUUCGACAAGUACGCUAAGUACCAGGCAAAGCUACAGAAGAUACAGUAUCAGAUGUACCUGUCGUAUGAAAACAAGGAGCGCGUUGACGCUAUGAAUGAUCUCUUCAUCAACUGUUUCGAGGUCGCACCCAAGCAACCUGCUAAUAUGGGAACGAAUACUACCAAAUCUUCUGAUUUAUCUCUAACAUCCAAAGAAGAUACGUCAGAGAUGGGGGGAGACCAAAACGAGACACUUUCAGUUGGGGAAGAAGACAUCGGCUUGGUACAAAGACAGUUCCCAUCUGUUGAAGAUUUAGAUACUUACUUACACGACGGCGGCAAACGUGAAGGUGGAAGGCACGACUCAAAUACUUCGACUAGUCUCGGGACGGGCUCGCACUCUUCAAGCAAAAUUGAUUUGGCUAAGUCACCGGAUGAUCUCUCUAUCUUAAAACAGGUUCAGAAUCCAAUUCCACAAAGUGGAUCAUCACAAAUGGUUAGAGACGCAACUGCACGGUCCACUACAUCGGCUAAACAGCACAAAUCUUCCAACCCUUUUCCUUUUAUUCAGCAAGAUAAUUAUGGCGUGGAUUCGGACUCAAAUCGGAUCUUUGAUAGUGAUGGCGUGCCAAAGGACCCCGAUCAGCAAUUCUUCGCACCAGAUAGUGGUUUAAAUCCCUCUCAAAAUGUUCAAAGCCAUCAACAAAUCUCAAACUAUCAGCUCAACGAACAACAAGGUGCAGCACAAUCCUUUCAACCUCCGCGUCAAGAUGCUGAAUUGCCAGGACCGUAUAAUCACUAUUUUGGUGGAUCUGCUUCUCCUAUGUUGGAGAGAAGUACAGAAAACCACGCUACAUCGCAUUAUCCCUAUCAAGCUUCGAAUAAUAAACAAGAGCAACAAGCAAAGUCGCUUAUCCAACAGCAGACUCAACAGCAAGCACAACCUCAGAAACAAGCAAAGCCCCUUGGUCAACAGCAGCCUCAGUCUUUAGCCCAGCAGCAGCCACAAUCUCAUUCUCAAAAGUCAACUGUCGAGAAAGAAGAACUCUUAGUGGAUUUUUCGCGCGCGGACAAAAAAGAGCCUCAAAAAUUAGACCUGACCAUUGACAGUGUCGACCUUUCAACGCCAAGCAAAGGAGGGGCCAAGAAUAGUAUCAAUGUGUCUGAGCAAAGCCUAGUUUCUAGUGAAAGUUUCCCGGUGGAAGUGCGCAAGAAAUCCUCAAAACAAAACACUUCGAGAGCUCCCCCAACGGAAAAACCAGCACCGCAUGCGACACAACCGGCUACGGGGCGGCAAUCGCUAGACCUGAAGUAUCAAGAGAUGGACUUUUCUGUUUCUCCACCACCGGACGUUAAAUUGGAAAAGAUCAAGACGACUUCGCAUCAGACGCGAAAGUCCAACAACGGGAGCUCAGAUUUGAAGAAAUCGUUUGCGCGCGGAAGAAAGUCCUUAGAUUUAGACCAACUAAAGCGUGAGACUGCGACCCCAGUAGAAAACAUCUCCAACAAGCGCAAGUCGUUCUUUGGCAAGUUUAAAAGCUGA